AUGAUGAUCAUGGGGCUCGGGAUCGGUUCCACGAUACCGAACCCCAAGGGGAGGCCAUUGCGGAGCGCUCCGCAGUCAGCCCCGCCUUCGCCCUCCAGGCCUCCCGUGGCAGCGGCGGAGCCCGCUGCCCCUGCUCGCCUCCAGCGCCCCUCGCGCGAGCCCCGCCACGCCGUGGCCCCGUGGCGCCGAGCCCCGCCCUCGCCUCCCGCAGCCCGCGGAGCAGCAGCCGGGCCCGCUGCCGCUGCUCGCCUGCUCCUGCCCCGCGCGGUGCCGCUCUGCUCCCGGCGCCCGUGCCGACGGCGCCGAGCCCCGGGCGUGUCCUCGAGCAGCGACGAAGAGGUCCUCGAGAUCGAGCUCGCGCGCGCGCGCUGA